CUCAUCUCCACAAAACACCAACAAUUAUGAUGUCGCCUAUACGAUGGCGAACAGCCAUCCGGCAUUUCAAUGUCCCCAAACGCCAAUUGUUGUCGUCCCCCCAGCAAGUGUUCUUUCGUCAAAAGCACACGUUUCCACGACCAACACCGCCAGCCUUGAACAGACGCGUCUCUCUUCAACCUCCAUUGCAUCUCCAAUCACGUGUUCCCACCAAAACACUCCUCACGCUCCUCGUGCUCGGUGGUAUAGCCUACUACUUCAUAGAUGUUAUCGAAGUUCUCGAUGAUCACUGGACCCAUCAUGUACCUCGCACCGAGCCGACGUCUAUGCCCGUGCAAUUCUACCAAAACAGGGAACAGGUCCAACACUGGCUUGAUGCGCACGUACCGGAUUUCGUGGCUACCGCGAAGAACCCCGAGCUUCAGGACGUGGCACGGAGUGUGUUUGCGAGCCAGAUUGCCAGUGGGUGGAUGAUGACGGAAGAGGAGGCUGAAGAGGCCCAGAUGCCGGUUACGCAUGGGGCUAGGGUUAUGAGUAAUUCACCUUGCGAAGACGAAUUUGUCAUCAGCGCUGCCCCUGGACCAGGAUCUGAACAGUGGAACUUCUGGGGCGUCUUCGACGGCCAUGCUGGUCGUGCUACUUCGGAGUGGCUCCAAUGGACUUUGGUGCCUCAUGUAUCGAGGGAUUUGAGUGCCCUCCAAGCAUCUAGUUCCCCGAUGGCCAUCACGAAUGCUAUUAUGCAGGCUUUUACGAGAUUGGAUUCAGAUAUGAUGACCCGAGCCAAACACGCCGCAUCUUGGUACCCCGCGGCCUCCGCCGUUGCUAUCUCCGCCCUCAAUCCCGCGCUCUCAGGAUCCUGUGCCCUACUUGCCUGCUUCGACCCCCGCGCCUCAAAACUCCGUGUCGCCUGUGUCGGCGACUCCCGCGCCGUUCUCGGCCGCUGGGAUUCAUCUACUCAAUCCUAUACUUGCAUCCCGCUGUCCGUCGACCAAACCGGCUUUAACGAAUCUGAAGUAAGAAAGUUGAAUGAGGAACAUCCAGAUGAGCCGGAGAUCAUCGAUCCGAAGUCUGGGAGAUUGCUGGGCAUUGCGGUGACUCGGGCUUUUGGCGAUCAUCGCUGGAAGUGGGAUAAUGAGCUCAUCGCUUCGAUUCGUGCGAAGUUCUGGGGAAGUCAUCCACGUCCUGGGUCGAAAACUCCACCAUAUAUGACUGCCGAACCUGUUAUUACGGAAACGGACAUUAUCCGCGGCCGAGCUGAAGAAGGAGAUGAAGACACAAAACCUGACUUCAUGAUCAUGGCCUCCGACGGCCUCUGGGACAAAAUCUCCUCCACCGACGCCGUGGACCUAAUAUCCCGCUACAUCACCGCCCGCACCAACGGGUCCAUCCAACCACUACCCUCCUUCUCGUCCACCUCGUCACCGCUUACCCCCCGCUCCCACUCCCCCACCACCCCCUACCCAGGACUGACAUACAACAUCGCGGAAGACCAACCUGUUGGAUGGCGCGCCGAACCGCAGUAUUUCGCGAUUGAAGAUGAAAAUGCAGCGGUUUGUUUGAUUAAGAAUGCGUUGGGCGGGAGCAGGAAGGGACUAUUUAUGGGGGUUUUGAGUGUGGAAGCCCCGCGAAGGAGGGCGGUUUAUGAUGACACUACUGUCAUUGUGGUGUUUUUUAAUCAGGUUGGAGAUGGGAAAGGGAAAGAUGGAGUGAAGACAGGCGCGAAGGGAGGAAGGUGGUGGAAAUUUUGGGGAGGAGGGGAGGUCGGUGGAAGUUUUGGUAAGGGGGGAUAACUACGAUGAUAGUGGGGGAUUAUGAAGUACUUACUCCCAAGAAGCCCAGGGAGUCUAUGCCGCAUGAAGACCGGUGUCUCCAGCGAGCUAAAAC